UACACUUUGCUCGGAAGGGGCCCAGUGCCUUGCUGAGAGGGAAGACUUGCUGACAACGGAAUCUUUAAUCGAAGAUUCUUCUUUGAUUCUUGCAAGGAGCCGAUGAUGGCCUCAGUGGAUUGCCUGUAGCUAACUGCCCGCGUGAAACUUAAAAAAACCACCCAUAAAGAACAGUCUGCCCUGAUUGAGGGUGUUUCAUGGAAGGCGGAGCGCAGCUCUGAGUUGAACAGAAUGGCAGGCGUCUGGUGUUGCAGAGCUGAGAAGGCGUUUGUUGUGUGUUCCACUACUUUAGCACGUGGCAACCAUUCCACAGCUCCUAAACUGGAGUAUGACGCUGUGAUUAUUGGAGCAGGUCACAAUGGCCUGGUGGCAGCAGCAUACCUCCAAAAAGCAGGCAUCAACACUGCAGUCCUUGAACGGAGAAAGGUGAUUGGUGGAGCUGCUGUGACAGAGGAGAUUGUCCCAGGAUUCAAGUUCUCCAGAGCAUCGUAUCUACUCAGUUUGCUGAGGCCUCAAAUAUAUAAAGAUUUGGAAUUGAAGAAACAUGGUCUUAAAGUGUAUCUGCGCAAUCCUCAUUCGUUUACACCAUUGCUGGAAGAGGGGACAGCCGCUCAUCCUCCUCGAUCUUUGCUUCUGGGAGAUGACAUGGCUGAGAACCAACAUCAGAUCAGUGUGUUCUCAAAAAAAGAUGCCAAAGCAUACCCCUUGUACCAGACCCACAUGGAAAAGAUUGCCAAUGCAAUUGAGCCUUUACUCGAUGCCCCUCCUGUAAAUAUAGCAGGCAUUUUUUCUGGGGCACUAAAGGAAAAAUUGGUUGCACUAAGAACGUUCAUGCCACUUCUACAGACUGGAAGAAGACUUGGAAAGAGCAUUCCAGAUUUCUAUGAACUUUUAACAGCACCAACAACUAAAAUUUUAAAUCGCUGGUUUGAUUCAGAGCCCCUAAAAGCUACUCUUGCUACAGACUCCUUGAUUGGUGCAAUGCUUACGCCUAGCACACCAGGAAGUGGGUAUGUGCUUUUACAUCAUGUUAUGGGAGAGAUUGAAGGGACUAAAGGUGCAUGGGGUUAUGCAGAAGGAGGAAUGGGUGGUGUAUCAAAAGCAAUUGCCAAUUCAGCCCAGGCUCAUGGUGCAUCAAUCUUCACUGAAAAGGCCGUGCAGCAGAUUCUGGUGAAUGACGAUGGCAGAGUUAAAGGGGUGCUUCUAAAAGAUGGAACAGAGGUUCACAGUAAAGUGGUUCUUUCCAAUGCCACUCCACAUGUGACCUUCAGGGAGCUUACGCCUCAGAAUUUCCUGCCUCCGGAGUUCACUAAAGCUGUUUCUCAGAUUGACUAUUGUUCUCCUGUCACUAAAAUUAACGUUGCUGUUGAUAAAUUACCAAAUUUCCGAGCUGUUCCAAACUGUCCCAAGGAGAAGCCUGGGCCUCAUCAUCAGUGCUCAAUCCACCUAAAUUGUGAGAAUAUAGAUGUUUUAGAGAAGGCUUACCAGGAUGUCACCAAGAAUCUUCCUUCUGGCAGGCCUGUUAUUGAGAUGUGCAUUCCAUCCUCUCUGGACCCCACACUGGCUCCUCCUGGGUGUCACGUGAUAUCUCUCUUCACUCAGUACACUCCUUACUUGUUACACGGGGAGAGACAUUGGACUGAGGAGGACCGAAAUGCCUAUGCUGAUACAGUAUUUGAUUCGAUUGAACAGUAUGCACCAGGUUUCAAGCGUUCAGUGGUGGGGAGAGAAGUCUUGACACCACAGGAUCUGGAGAGCAUUUUUGGACUGACGGGAGGGAACAUUUUUCAUGGUGCCAUGUCUCUGGAUCAACUCUACUUUUCAAGACCUUUAACCUUAUAUUCAAACUAUCGUUCCCCAGUCAAAGGCCUCUAUUUAUGUGGCAGUGGCUCACAUCCAGGUGGAGGAGUCAUGGGUUCAUCUGGCAGAAAUGCAGCAUGCACAGUCAUCUCUGACUUCAAGAAAAGUAAAAAAUAAGGAGUAUGAAGCAGCAUAUAUUCUCAAGAUGACAAAGAAUAACAUUUAUUUCUUUACCACAUUUUCAUACAAAGGAUGUACCUUAAAAUGUUUUACAAGAUGACAAAGAACAAAAUAAGAAAACAAAACAAACAAAUAUUUAAACAUUACAUACAAAAAAAUUAGAUAAGAAUAAAUAAGUAUGUAUUUACCUAACACAAAUAUGCAAGUAAUAGAAAAAAAUAGACAACUGGUUUUGUUUUUAAUUCUCUAAAGUCUGAUGAUAUGGUCACAUAGCCGGGGAGACAGAAUAAAAUAAUAAUAAAAAAAAAAAACAACUCAAAUCUACAUGGAGUUCCAACACCAAAAGACCACUUAGCCCUUACUGGGUGUUCUACAGUCCAUGGAGGUGUCCAUUUUCAGGGCACUCUUGGCCAAGCUCUUUCUCUUUACCUUCCCAGCAUAUUUAGGCCAGGGGACAAUAGCACAGAGUGCCAGAAAGAUGCAAAGAAAACACACACAAGCAGUGAUUAGUGACCAGCCUAUAAAACAGCAAAUGCAAUUACAUUUAAUGAAAAAUAACCAAUUUCUUCCUCCCCUCAGGAAAAAGUACUAGUGAUUCAAGGAAGAAAACCAGAAUAAAGAGGUGCAUUUUUAUGAUUAUUUUUAAGUGUUCUGUGUAGUGGUCUAGCAUAUCUCAAAUGGUGGAGUAUUCCAGAUUUUUGGUGUGUAGAAGUAGAAAGCUGCCUUACCAAUUCUUUUAUUCUUCACUCUCGGAAUAUUAAGUAAAACAGUGUGAGAGGAUCUGAGAUUACUAUUAGGAAUGUAAGGGGACUAGCAGUCCAAAUUAAAAGAUUGUUUAUAGCCGUGUAUACAAUUAAAGGUAUUUUAAAAUCAACCCCAAAGGACAUUUAUUGACAUUUACUAAGCUUCAUGCAGCUUGUUGAUAUAGGUAUGUGCUUCCAGUCCUGUGCUAUUCUUUGCUUAAGUUUUUAUUUCUUGAUGUAUGCCACUGCACCUUGGCUGGACAAUAUAUAUUGACUUUUUGUUUUGAUAUAUAAGAAAAAUCAAUAUGCAAAACCAAUACUGCAAUGUACUACCGUUUUAUUUCAUUGCCAGUACUUCUUCAGAACUAAAUAAAAAAUAAAAUCCA